GCCGAUGCUGGGCCGCCGGCCGCUAUGGACAAGAUCCUGGAGGGGCUGGUGAGCUCGUCGCACCCGCUGCCGGUGAAGCGCGUGAUCGUGAGGCGCGUGGUGGAGUCGGCCGAGGCGCCGCUGAGCGGGCCGCAGUGCCAGGCCAUGUUCGCCCUCAGCACCCGCCUCAUCCUGCAGGGGCCCGACCGCUUCCAGCGGCAGGUCGGGCGGCAGGUGCUCGAGGCCUACGCCCGCCACCACCGCGACGACUUCGAGGCCUUCUUCACCCGCGGCCUGGUGCUGGCCUUGCUGCGGGGAGGGGGCCCGGCGUCGGCCUCGUGGGCGCCCGUGCCCCCGGCCCCUGGCCUCGACCCGGCCGUGCUGGACUACAUCCAGGCCGGCCUGCGCCUGCUCAUCAGCUGCCCGGCGGUCCUGGAGCUCUUCGCGCUGUUGCAAGAAGAAGCGUUGCGGCUGGUGGGCGAGAGGCCGUCCCCCCCGCUCUGCGCCCGCCUCUGCCAGCUGCUGGGCGAUUUCCCCCAGUGCCUGCCCCGCGGCAGGAAGCCUGCCCUCGCCUUCUGCCAGCAGCUGGUGCGCAGUAUCGCCCACUUCCAGACGCACGGCACCCGCGAGGCCGAGCUGCGCCUCUAUGUCUCCCAGGUCACCCAAGUCAGCAGCCUCCUGCGCAGUAUAUGGAAGGCCGAGCCCGACACUCUGCUGCCCUCCUUACAGGAACUCUUCGCCAUCAUCUCCUCCACCGAUACUUCAUUUGAACCCUCCGUUGCCCUGGCAAGUCUUGUGCAGCAUAUCCCAUUACAGAUGAUUACAGUACUCAUUGGGAGCCUUACGACAGACCCAAAUGUAAAAGAUGCAAGUAUGACACAAGCUUUGUGCAGAAUGAUUGACUGGCUUUCUUGGCCAUUAGCUCAGCAUGUGGAGACCUGGGUGAUCGCACUGUUAAAAGGACUGGCUGCAGUCCAGAAGUUUACUAUCCUUAUUGAUGUUACUCUGCUUAAGAUUGAACUGGUUUUUAAUCGACUCUGGUUUCCUCUUGUGAGACCUGGUGCUUUAGCUGUCCUUUCUCACAUGUUGCUUAGUUUUCAGCAUUCUCCAGAGGCUUUUCACUUGAUUGUUCCACAUGUGGUCAAGCUUGUAAAAUCCUUCAAAAGCAAUGGCCUGCCUUCCAGUGCAACUUUUUUGGAACAGUUGAGUGAGCUAAUACACUGUAUGAUGUAUCAGUACUCUGGAUUCCCGGAACUCUAUGAACCUAUUCUAGAAGCUGUUAAGGAUCUUCCCAAACCCAAUGAAGAAAAAAUUAAGAUGAUACUGAAUCAGAGUGCCUGGACUUCUCAGUCCAAUUCCUUACAAUCUUGUUUGUCUAGAUUUUCUGGAAAAUCAGAAACUGGAAAGACUGGUCUGAUCAACUUAGGAAAUACCUGUUACAUGAACAGCGUGAUCCAGGCAUUAUUCAUGGCUACAGAUUUCAGGAGACACGUGUUAUCUUUAAAUCUGAAUGGAUGCAAUUCCCUGAUGAGAAAGUUGCAACAUCUUUUUGCAUUUUUGGCUCAUACUCAGAGGGAAGCAUAUGCUCCUCGGAUUUUCUUUGAGGCUUCAAGGCCACCAUGGUUCACUCCUAGAUCCCAGCAGGAUUGCUCUGAAUAUCUCAGGUUCCUGCUAGACAGGCUUCAUGAAGAAGAGAAGACCUUGAAAGCUCUGUGUUCAUCCAAACUUCAAGAUGACAUGAAUGAAGAGUCACCGGUGCAAGAAGUGUCUAGUAAGACACAGAAGUUUACCAAACCGUCUUGUUCAGGAAGAGAAGAGAGUACCUUAAUAGAAAAAAUGUUUCGAGGGAAGCUGCUAACAAGUAUAUGCUGUUUAAAUUGCAAAAGUACUUCUUACAAAGAGGAAGCCUUCACAGAUCUUUCUCUUGCUUUUUGCCCUCCUAUAUUCUUAGAAAAUGUUGACCCACGGAGUUCAGAAAAUGUGUCUGAAGGGAAAGAUGACAGUAUGGAACAAGUUAGUACCAGGGUGCUCAGUCCUGUGGUGGAAACAGUUAGUGACUGCUGUGAAAUGGUCACAAAUGAUGGACUGUUGAAAGAUGUUCUCAUUAACUCAAACUGUGAAAAUUCUCCAGAGCCUUUUGUGUGCAAGGCUGAAGACAAGGACAGUUUGCGGAAAUAUGUUAGCGAAGCUACUCCCUCUGUCACUGACUUGCUGAAUUAUUUUCUGGCGCCUGAAGUCCUUAACGGGGACAACAAAUAUUAUUGUGAAAAAUGUGCCUCUCUACAGAAUGCAGAAAAAACUAUGCAAAUAGUGGAGGAGCCAGAAUACCUCAUUCUCACUCUGUUGAGAUUCUCAUAUGACCCCAAGUGUCACAUUAGGCGCAAAAUCUUAGACAAUGUGUCUUUGCCACUUAUUCUGGAGCUGCCUGUCAAAAGAACUGUGCCAUCCCUGGGGCAAGUAACAGGCGUAUGGCCUGCAGGACUUGAGUUUUCUGACACUGGUGAGAAUCUAGCUAAAAAGCUCAAACCUUCCGGUGCUGAAGAAGUGUGUUGUCCUCAACUAGUUCCCUACGUAUUAAGUUCUGUAGUUGUACACUCUGGCAUAUCUUCGGAAAGUGGACAUUAUUAUUCUUACGCCCGAAAUGUUGCUAGUUCAGCACCCUCAUUAGGACCAUGUGAUCAAGCUAGGGAUCUGACUUUAGUUUAUCCACAAAGUAAUUUAAUGGCUGGAGAGACUCCAGUUGCAGCUGUUGAAAAGGACCUGGAUGGAAAUAAGGGGUCGGAGGAGUGGUUUUUAUUUAAUGACAGCAGAGUGACAUUUACCUCAUUUCAGUCAGUUCAGAAAAUUACAAGCCGAUUCCCCAAGGAUACUGCUUACGUGUUGUUGUACAAAAAACAGAACAGUGCACAUGUUUUUGGCACUAAAUCACCCAAUGGGCUCUGGGUCAAUGGAGAUCCUCCACUGCAGAAAGAUCUUAUGGAUGCUAUUACAAAAGAUAAUAAGCUAUAUUUACAGGAGCAAGAGCUUAGUGCUCGAACACAGGCCCUUCAAGCAGCUGCGGCUUCAUGCUCCUUUCGACCGAAUGGAUUUGAUGACAAUGAUCCCCCCGGAAGCUGUGGACCGACGGGUGGAGGAGGCGGGGGAGGAUUUAGUACUAUCGGCCGAUUAGUGUUCUGAGGAAGAGAGCAUCAAAUGCAUUGGUUCCUAAACAGCCCCCACUACUGCUUAGGACUGUUAAAACACUGAACUGUAUUAAAUAAUGUAUCAAGCUUUUUUCAAGAUGUGAUCUUUGUUCUAAAGAGAACCUUGUUUUUUAUUUGAAAUAAAUAAGUGCAUCAUGGAGAAAUCUA